AUGCAUAUUAAAGAGGUUAACAUCACCGGAUUCCGGAGCUACCGCGAAGUGACAAGCAUCGAUAGUUUUUCACCGCGCCACAACGUAAUUGUUGGUCGCAAUGGAAGUGGGAAAUCGAACUUCUUCUUCGCCAUUCAAUUCGUAUUGAGUGAUGAGUUCAGUCAUCUUCGGUCUGAACAAAGGAUGGGAGUAUUGCAUGAAGGCACUGGACCUCGCAUCAACACGGCUCGUGUUGAAAUUGUCUUCGACAACACUGAUAGACGAAUCCCGGCUAUAGAGGCUACUGAAGUACGAGUUGUUCGCCAAGUCGGCCAAAAAAAGGAUCAGUACUAUAUCGAUGGCAAGAUGGUACCUCGAGCUGAGGUUGUGAAUCUAAUGGAAUCUGCAGGUUUCUCACGAUCCAAUCCCUAUUACAUUGUCAAACAAGGUAAAAUUAAUGAGUUGGCAACGGCUCCCGAUUCCCACAGGCUCAAGCUUCUUCGUGAAGUAGCUGGUACUCGAGUUUACGACGAAAGAAAAGAGGAGAGUCUGAAGAUUUUGAAAGAAACACAUAACAAAACAAAAAAGAUCGAGACUUUAUUGUCGUAUAUCGAUGAACGCCUAAAGACACUUGAAGAAGAGAAGGAAGACCUUAAAGAAUACCAAAAAUGGGACAAAAUGAAGAGGUCGAUAGAAUAUACCAUCUACGACACUGAGGCAAAUGAAACCCGAAAAAAGCUGGAGAGGUUGCUUGACCAAAGAGAAGAACUUAGCUCUCGACAGACGAAGGUGAGCAGUGAGCUUGUUGAAGUUCAAGCGCGUGGUGUUCGCGCAAGUGCAGAGCAGAGAAAAUUGGAAGCGCGCUUCAAGGGUAUGAAGGAAGAGAAGGCAGCUCUGGUAGCGGAGCAGGCUGAACGAUUUGAAAAGAAGGCCGAGCUUGCACUGCUUAUCAAUGAUUUGAAGGAAGAUGUUGAGAAGGAAAAGAGCGGCCGCAAUAGAGCAGAGGAUGUUCUUAAUCAAGUUAAAGCGGAGAUUCGUGAGAAAGAGGAGGAAUUAGAACGAAUAUGCCCAAAAUAUCAGAAGCUUGUCGAAGAAGAGUCAGCCUUAUCUUCUGACAUACGUAUCGCCGAAACAAGAUCAAAAGAACUGUUCGCAAAACAGGGCCAUAAGGAUCAGUUCAAGACGGCAGAGGAGCGAGAUGCAUUUCUUCGGCGUGAAGUUCGUCAUAUUUCUCGACAAAUCGCGGAUACAGAAGAACAGAUAACUGACAUCGAGAAAAGCUUGGAAGAUGAGACUCGUGAAGAGGAGCAAUUAACAGUUCAUGUACAGGAACUUGGUGUCGAGUUACAAGAGAAUCACAUCCGAAUGGACAAAGCUAGUUCGGAGCAUGGUCGUCUGAAACAAGAGUUUGAUAGAGCUAUGGUGGCCCAACUUGAUGCGACUCGUGAGGAGAAAUCAGUGCGGGAACAGUUGGCUACAAUGAAUGCUGAGCUAUCUCAAAUGGAACAGCAGAUGCGUUAUUUAGCGCCAAGGUCAAUUACAAACGGUGUCGAAGGAGUGCGAAGAAUCAUUCAGUGGUUCCGUGACAAUAACGACGAUGGUAGACACGACGAUGUUAUUAACGGAUAUCACGGCCUUUUAUUGGAUCUCAUUGACUGUGAGCCUAUCUACUUUCAAGCUGUAGAAAUCACCGCCGGAUCUCGUCUCCUGUUUCAUGUGGUUUCAGAUGACAGAGUGGCUCUCAAAAUUAUGAAACAGUUUAACCAACAAAAUCUGCCUGGUGAAUGCAAUUUUUUUCCUGUUAAUAGGAUUGUGGCUCCUCCUCGGAAGGAGUAUCAAGAUGCUGAUGGUCGCGCCAUCUUGGAUGUAUUCGAUUAUGAUGAGUAUUAUGAUGCUGUGUUCCGCAAUGUGUUUGCCUGUACUGCUAUCGUUCGUGAUCUCCACCUCGGAGCUCGCUUUGCGAGAAGUGAAGGUUUUGAUUGUGUGACACUUGAUGGUGAUCAGAUCUCUAGACGUGGAGCUCUCACUGGUGGUUAUAUAGACACAAAACGAUCGAAAUUAGAAUUGCACAAGAGUAUUCGUGCGCAGCAGAUGAAUCGCGAUCAGCUGCAGGCUACACUAGUGGAAAUUCAACGGAAAGUGAAUGAAAAGAUGAGUGCUGUAGAAAAAAUACAAAUGGAGAUCGACAAGGCUGACAACGAUAUGCGCGUUUACAAGCAACAACACCGGAAUCUUACAGAGAAGAAGCGCUACGCAAGUGAACAGCUGCAUGCGAUGGGAAGAAACCGUGAACCGAAGAAAGCUCAGCUGCUCAAUUUGCGAAAUCGGGUUCGCGAGCUGCGUGCACAGUUGGAAGGAUACGAAGAGCAAAUUGGAUCUGAGUUCCUUUCUCAGCUCAGUAGGAAUGAGCAGGCUGAGUGCGAGCGGUUACAGAGAGACAUAUUGGAGAAAAAGCACAAGUUGGAACAAGUAUCAAAGGAACGGAGCGCACUCGAGACUACAAAGCAACGACUUGAAAAUCAGCUCACUACGAAUUUGCUUCGCAAGCGAGAUAGUCUAACGGCGAGAAUCAGUGACAUCGCAGUUGACGAAAAGCGGCAUAACUUGCAGGCUGAGUCCGCUGAGCUCAACUCCGUCAUCCAGAGACUUAACGAGAUCGUCCGUCGAAUUGCUGAGUUAGAUGAGUGCCUUAUGGAGUAUGAUGAAAGCGCAGAGAAGUUGAAUAGAGAACUAGAGGACGUUCAGGAACAACAGAAGGAUUUAGAAGCACAAUUGGCAGACUUCUCCAAACAAGCAGACAUAAUUUUCACGAAACAGAGCACAUUACAGUCGAAACGUGAAGAAAAUGUGAAGAAGAUUCGUGAACUUGGCUCGUUACCGACGGAUGCAUUUUCGAAGUAUCAGGGGCUGUCAACAAAGCAGCUGGACAAAAAGCUGGCUGAGUGUAUGCAUGAGUUAAAGAAGUAUGAGAAUGUCAACAAAAAGGCUUUGGAUCAAUUUGUGCAAGCAGCAUCACAAAAAGAAGACCUUACGAAGCGAAUGGAAGAGCAACAAAAGAGUCAGAAGUCUAUUGAGGACCUUCUGCAAGUUUUGGAUACAAGGAAGUAUGAGGCGAUCCAGCUCACUUUUAAGCAGGUAUCCAAAAAUUUUGCUGAAGUGUUUCAAAAGUUAGUCCCUAAUGGGAGCGGUUCUUUGGUAAUACAAAUGGGUAAAGAUGAAUCGAUGGAUACAUCACAACCUGAUCAAGCUCUUCAUUUAGUGGAAAACUUUGUUGGAGUUGGAAUAAAGGUUUCCUUCAAUGGCAGCUCCGAAACGAGAGAAAUGGUGCAGCUCUCUGGUGGUCAGAAGUCACUAGUAGCACUUGCUCUCAUAUUCGCUAUUCAAAAGUGUGAUCCCGCUCCUUUCUAUCUAUUCGAUGAAAUUGACGCAGCUCUAGACGCGCAACACAGGAAGGCCGUAGCAGACAUGAUUCAUGAGCUCGCGGAAAACGCACAGUUCAUAACAACCACUUUCCGACCUGAGCUUUUGGAGUCAGCUGAGAAGUAUUAUGGUGUGAAAUUCAGGAAUAAGGUUUCCCACAUCGACGUUGUUACAAAAGAACAAGCUUAUGACUUUGUUGAAGACGACACCACUCAUGGAUAG